AAUCGGACCGAACGAGAGAUUUCCGGCCGAGGUUCCAUGCGGGGAGACAGAGUGCCGGUUCCUCGGUGAAAAGGAAAGUCUUUUGCCUCACAUGAUUGCUGGACCCAAGGGAGAAAGAUGGAGGAGAGCAACCAGAAACAACAUCGCAAGAAACACAGCGGUCCCAAGGCUGGCAAGAAAAAGAAGCGCCAUUUGAAAGAUUUAGGAAUCGAAGAUGAAGAGGAUGCCAGGAAGAGAAACCCCAAGGCCUUUGCGGUCCAGUCUGCAGUCCGCAUGGCCAGAUCCUUCCACAGGACCCAGGAUUUGAAAACCAAAAAGCAUCAUAUUCCAGUGGUGGAUCGCACUCCCUUGGAACCCCCUCCAGUGGUCGUAGUGGUGGUGGGCCCCCCCAAGGUUGGGAAAAGCACCUUGAUAAGGUGCCUCAUUAAGAAUUUCACAAGGCAGAAAUUGGUUGAAAUUCAAGGCCCUGUGACCAUCGUAUCAGGUAAAAAACAACAGCUAACCAUCAUUGAAUGUGGGUGCGAUAUUAAUGCGAUGAUUUGAUCUUGCCAAAGUUGCGAUCUGGCUUUGAUGCUGAUCGAUGCCAGUUUUGGAUUUGAAAUGGAAACCUUUGAAUUUCUGAACAUUUGCCAGGUCCAUGGCUUCCCCAAGAUCAUGGGUGUUCUUACGCACCUGGACAGCUUCAAAAAUAACAAGCAGCUCAGGAAGACCAAAAAGAGAUUAAAGCAUCGGUUCUGGACUGAGGUCUAUCAGGGUGCCAAAUUGUUCUACCUCUCCGGGAUGGUGCACGGAGACUAUCAAAAACAGGAAAUCCACAAUCUAGGGCGGUUUAUCUCCGUGAUGAAAUUCCGUCCCCUGACUUGGCAGACAACUCAUCCCUACGUCUUGGUGGACAGGAUGGAAGAUUUGACAAACCCAGAGGCGAUCAGGGUUAAUCCAAAAUGCGACCGGAAAGUUUCCCUUUAUGGUUAUCUAAGAGGAUCCCACUUGAAAAACAAAAGCCAAAUACACAUAGCAGGUGUCGGGGAUUUCACUGUCAGCGAUGUCAGCUUCCUGCCAGAUCCUUGCGCCCUUCCUGAGCAUCAAAAGAAACGCUGCUUAAAUGAGAAGGAGAAACUGAUUUACGCCCCGCUCUCGGGGGUUGGGGGCUUGGUAUACGACAAAGAUGCUGUGUAUAUUGACCUUGGGGGAAGCCACUCCCAUCGGGGCAGAGAGGAGGAAGAAAGACCGAACCACGAGCUCGUCCAGAGUCUCAUCUCGGCACAUUCCACCAUCGAUGCCAAGAUGGCUUCCAGCAAAGUCUCUCUCUUCAUGGACUCCAAGCCUUUAGAUACGGAGGAUGUUGAAAAUGAGAGCGUUUUUGCCAUGCCUAAAGAAGAAAAGGAAACAGACCCGCGAACUGGGAGGACACGCCGGAAGGCAGUCUUUGAAAAUGAAGACCAAAGUGAUGAUGAGGAGGAAGAAGAGGAGGAGGAGGAAGAAGAGGGGAUGUCUGUGGAGGAGGACAUAGGGGAGAGUGAUAGUAAUGAGGAAGGAGAAGAUGACACUUUUCUACACCAGUAUCUGGUUUCUGAGCGAAGCAGAAAUGAAACUGAGUCUGCACUCCUAACGGAGCGGCCAGCCUUUGCUGACAGUGAUGAUGAUCUUGAGGUGAGUUCAGAAGAGGAAGAAGAAGACGACUUCAAAGAGAUGGACGAAAGUGAAGAGGAAGAGGAGGCGACACCUUCCCAAUCUACCGCCAGAAACCCAGCUCGAUUGAAUAAACCUUUAUCGUGCGAAACGGACCACAAGGUGAGGAACAGAAAAAAGUUAGUUAAAAAAGUAGCCCGUAUCACAUUGAUUGAAAAAAUGACUGCUGAAGAGGCACCAAUGCCAGAUUUAGAUGGACCUUUAUCUUCAGAAAGCCCCUCAGAGGAGGAGGAGGAGGAGGAGGAGGAGGAGGAGGAUGCCGAUGACGACCUCAAAGGGUCGAGCCAGAAAGAGUCUCAACUACAAAGUGCUGAUGUUAAGAUACAAGAUUCUGGGUCGAUGAAGAACGAAGAUGACGUGGAAGAUCUCUUGAAAGAGGACGAAGACUAUAAAGAGGCGUUGGAUUUUUCUUCAGAAACAAUUGGGGCUCUGAAAUGGAAAGAAGACCUCACCCAGAAGGCAGCCGAAACUUUUUUGAGGCAGCAACAGGCUGCUCCGAAUCUCCGCAAACUCGUUUAUGGGUCAGUGGCCGAGGAUGUUGAGGAGGAGGAAGGAGAACGAGAUGUGGAACUCGGCGGGUUGUUUCGCGUCAGCCGUCCCGACAAAGAAUCGAAACGAAAGAUUGAUGCUCUGGAUUGCUCCAAAUUUCCCACAGAAGCCCCUCAGGACUGGGACUCGGACGAGGUGAUGGACAGCAUCCGGGACUGUUUCGUGACCGGAAAGUGGGAAGUGGACAAAGAUGCAGAAAAAUUGUUGAAGGAAGAUGAGGAAAUAUACGGCGAUUUCGAAGAUCUCGAGACAGGAACUAUGUAUAAAGGCAAAUCAGCUGAUCCAGGAGACGAGGUGGCAAACGAAGAGGAAGAGGACAACGAGGGAAAGAACCCCGAAGCGGAUGCGGAGGAAGAGGAGCAGAAGAAGCGUAUCGCGAAGAAACGUAAACUGAAAGAGAUGUUCAAUGCCGAAUAUGACGGGAACGCCACCUAUUUUGAUGAUCUGAAAGACGAAUUUCAAAAGCAGGCUCAGAUUAACAGACUUGAGUUUGAAGAUCAAGAUGAUGAAACCCGAAUUCAGUACGAGGGAUUUCGACCAGGGAUGUAUAUCCGGAUAGAACUGGAGAACGUCCCGUGUGAACUGGUGCUGCAUUUUGAUCCAUGUUAUCCAAUUGUCCUGGGCGGCCUGGGAAACACAGAAGGAAACGUGGGCUAUGUGCAGAUGCGGUUGAAGAAGCAUCGCUGGUACAAGAAGAUCCUUAAAACCCGUGAUCCACUGAUUCUGUCUCUAGGCUGGAGGCGGUUCCAGACAAUUCCUGUGUAUUACAUAGAAGACCACAACGGUCGUCACAGACUGCUUAAGUAUACGCCACAACACAUGCACUGCGGAGUAACUUUCUGGGGACCCAUCACUCCACAAGGGACCGGGUGUUUGGCCGUCCAAUCUGUGAGUGGUACAAUGGCUGAUUUUCGGAUAGCUGCUACUGGAGUUGUGCUGGACUUGGAUAAGUCCAUAAGGAUCGUGAAGAAAUUAAAGUUGAUCGGUUUCCCUUUCAAAAUUUUCAAGAAUACAGCUUUCAUUAAGGGGAUGUUUAACUCGGUGCUGGAAGUGGCUAGGUUUGAGGGGGCAGCCAUCCGUACGGUGAGCGGCAUCCGAGGACAGAUUAAGAAAGCCCUCAGGACCCCAGAGGGGGCCUUCCGAGCAACUUUUGAAGACAAGUUGCUGAUGAGUGAUAUCGUAUUCAUGCGAACAUGGUAUCCUGUAUCUACCCCUGCCUUCUAUAAUCCGGUCACCUCUUUACUGAAGCCUCCGGGUGAGAAAUCCUCUUGGGUAGGAAUGAAGACCACGGGCCAGUUGAGACACGAGAAAGGUAUCAGGCUGAAGCAAAACAAGGACUCCCUCUAUAAGCCGAUAACGCGGGUGAAGAAACAUUUCAACAAGCUGCAUAUUCCCAAAGCUCUUCAGAAAGCCUUGCCGUUUAAGAAUAAGCCCAAGUUCCAAGAAAGGAAAAAGAAAGUCACCAAGGAUCAGUGGAGACCAGCUGUCAUCAGGGAACCGCAUGAAAGGAAGGUCGCAGCGCUUCUCUCGGCUCUGGGCACGGUACACAACCACAAGGCGCAGAAGAACAAGGUGCAGCACCGCCAGCAGGUUAGAGUGCACCAGAAAGAGAAAGAGAAAGAGGAAGAAGCGAAGCUGAAGAGGCAGAAGGAAGCCAGGAAGAAACUUUUCCGUAUUAUCGGACAGAAGGAGAAGAAGAGACGGAAGUCGAGCCUGAAGGGCUCUUCUGAAAAAGAGUAAGAAGCAGCGAUGUGCAGAAGCCGAAUGAGAAGCGACGCACGGAAGCCAAACGGGCCUCUAAAACACCAAAGCCGUUCUGGUUUGGAGGAUUACAUUCUGGAAAACUGGUGGGACCACAGCCAUUGCUUCUAGAUGGGUCUAGUCUGGAGGAGGAACGGAGCCUUCAGAGUUAAUGGCCGAAGAGGGUUUCCCACCUAUCUGCCAAUGCCUUUCUAAUAACACCUGUUCAGUAAGGAUUGAGGCACUUAAUUCUUGGAUGACUAAUGAACAAAGAUCUAAAAAUAUUCCAGUUUGGUUCUGGACUUGGAAAGGCAAUGGAUCGUAUCCAAAAAGGGCUAUCCAGUUUAAACUGUCUUUGAUGAUGUUUAUUUGGUUAUUAUGCUGAAAGAAUCAUAAAUAUAUUUUAUAUUUUAGUUGGGAAA